CUCAGGCACUGUAUUCCUGCCCUGUGGGCUGCAGCCCUGUACCCUGGGGAGUGGCAUGUCACAGAGGGAAGCCAAAGGGGCACCAGCAAUGCCAGCAGUGGGGCGUAACCGGGCUAAGGCCAAAGGACGGUUGCUGCCAGGCACCGACAGGAAGAGGAGCCGUCUCAGCAGGACAAGGCAGGACCUGUGGGGAGAGACAAGCUGGAGCAACCAAAGAUGGAGCAGAGCUGCCCCCAGCCCGCAGGGGGCCAGGGCUAGCAGCCUGGCUCUUGGCAGGAGCGAGUCCAGUCCUGAGAACGCUGCCCGGGAACGGAGCCGGGUGAGGACACUGCGCCAGGCCUUCCUGGCCCUGCAGGACGCUCUGCCUGCCGUGCCACCUGACACCAAGCUCUCCAAGUUGGACGUGCUGGUGCUGGCUGCCAGCUACAUAGCCCACCUUACCCGCACACUCGGCCACGAGUUGCCUGGCCCCGCCUGGCCACCCUUCCUGCGUGGACUCUGUUAUUUGCAUCCUCUCAAGAAGUGGCCGAUGCGAUCUCGUCUUUAUGCUGGAGGCCUGGGGCGCUCUGGCCUUGACUCCACCAUAGCCACCGCCUCCGGCCAAAGAACAAGAGAUGCAGAGAUGGGGUCCCAAGUCUCUGGAGAGGCAGACACUCUCCUUCCCUCCAAGCCACUCUCACCAGCUCUUGGUGACAAAUAAUCAUCACAUUCACCCUUUUCUCCUAGACUGCAGCUCACACUUAGGGACCUGGACUUUCCACCAGCCC